AUGGUGAAGGAGGAGAGUGAAGAACUGAAUGAAGAUAAGGAGAAACAUCAAGAAAAAACUUUCACCUGCACUCAGUGUGGAAAGAGUUUUAAGCACAAUUACCAUCUCAUUCUUCAUAUGAGGAUCCACACUGGAGAGAAACCAUACAAGUGUUCACACUGUGAGAAGACAUUCAGGUAUUCAAAAACCAUGAAAAUACACGAGAGGACACACACUGGAGAGAAACCUUACAAGUGCUCACACUGCGAGAAGACAUUCAGGGCUUUAAAUACCAUGAAAAAACAUGAGAGUAUUCACACUGGAGAGAACCGGUAUCACUGCACUGCUUGUGGGAAGAGUUUCUCAAAUACAUCUUCUCUACGAACACACACAUUAAACAUUCACAACCUGAUGGUAACGAAAGAGGAAAGUGGAAAAGCCAAUCAUAGCAUCAAUACAAAGGAGAAGACACAUCUGUGUUCUGAGUGUGGGAAGAGUUUUGCACAUCGUUCAUAUUUAAUUGCACAUCAGAAGAUCCACUCCGGAGAGAAACCGUUCACAUGCACUCAGUGUGGGAAGGGUUUCAGAUAUUUAUCACAAAUUAAUGAACACAUGAUGACCCACACUGGAGAGAAACCACAUAAAUGUGAUCAAUGCGGAAAAAGAUUUUUGAAGGCUUCAAACUUGAAGGUCCAUUUUGGAGUUCAUACAAAGGAGAAGCCUUAUCCAUGUUCUGUGUGUGGAAAAACGUUUGCACGUCCAUCACUUGUAAAAGACCAUGAGCUGAUCCACAUUGGUGUUAAAAAGUAUGUGUGCCUUGUGUGUGAGAGGAGUUUUCUUAGACCUCGAGCGUUGAAACAGCACCAGAAGAUUCACACUGGAGAGAAACAACACAUAUGUGAUCAAUGCGGCAAAGCGUUUUUGAGGUCUACACAACUAAAGAAGCAUCUUAACGUUCAUGCAAAGGAGACACAAUCAGUUCUUUGAUAGUAAAGAGUUUUACACUUUAAUUUACCUUACUGGAAACUGUAUUUACCAACAUCAGAUUUGUUAACUGUUGGUAUAUUAAUAAAUUCCAAUCAUUUCAAAAUAGGAAACAAUUUAUCACAAUUAGCUCUUAACACUCGGUUUUCACUAUACAGGGCAGACUGCAAACAUUGUUGUGUCAUUCAUCCAGGAUCAUUAGCUCAUGCAGCAUGAUAAUGCAUGGCCACAUGAUGAAGGAUCUGUACACAAUUCCUGGAAGCUGGAAACAUCCCAGUUCCUAUGUGGCCAGCUAUAUUCAUCUGACAUGUCACGUACUGAGCAUGUUUCGGCGUAAACGACAACGUGUUGCAGUUCCAGCCAAUAUCCAGUAACCUCACGCAUCCAUUGAAGAGGAGUCAACCAACAUUUCACUGUCCGCAAUCAACAAUCUGAUAGACUCUGUCACUUAUUGAGCAUGUUUUAGCUGUAUACUACACCGUGUUCCAGUUCCAGCCAAUAUCCAGCAACCUCACGCAUCCAAUUCUUGGUAGCUGAAAACAUCCCAGUUCUUGCAUAGCCAGCAUACUCACUGAACAUGUCACAUUUUGAGCAUGUUUUGGCAUAUGCAAUGGCGUGUUGCAAUUUCAGACAAUAUUCAGCAACCUCACAGUCAUUGUAGAGGAGUCAACCAACAUUUCACAGUCCGCAAUAAACAAUCUGAUCGACUCUAUGUAAAGGCGACUCUAUGCUCAAAACAGAUACUGACUGGUUUGGUAUCAUCUAAAUGGGUUUAAAUUGAUUGCCUUAAAC